GGGAAACCUCUCCUACGCCGACCUUAUCACUAAAGCCAUCGAGAGCGCCCCGGAUAAGAGACUGACACUGUCGCAGAUUUACGACUGGAUGGUGAGAUCCAUCCCGUACUUUAAGGACAAAGGCGACAGCAACAGCUCGGCAGGAUGGAAGGUAAGAGUCGAACACUCUCAACGCCCAGCACCCCUCCUUUCUCCAGCAAAACAAAAACAAAAAGCAUGUGGCUUGUGUUUGUACACACAACACAGCGCACUGUUAUAUGGGUCUGUCUUAAAGCUUUCUUUCUUUAUGAUGGAAGUUACAGACCAGAUAGAAAUAGAUUGGUUAGAUCUUGACUUGAGCCAGAGAAUGUCACUCGUCACUUUAAUAGGUACUCUUUAUCUACAGUAUAGCGCUCAAUUGUGCUAAAAAUAAUGCAUCUAGGGAGCUACUAAGGUAAGAAUAUUUGUAUUAUUGUACCGUAGCAUUGGUGGAAAAACUACACUGCAUCAUACUGUGUUGUUUGUAAUAUUUUGCGAAAAUAUUAGAAACACCUCAUUAUGAAUCACUGCAUUAUAUCGAGCUUCAAAUAACCAAUAGAGGUGUUAAUAUAAAAGUAUUCCAUUAGUGCUGUUGCAUUGGUGUAAAACUGCACUGCAUCUUAUUAAGAGGUGUUUCUAAUAUUUGCCCCACUCAUGUGGUUACCAAGAUGUAAGAAACACGUCAGUACCAUGCAGUGCAUUCCAGAGAGCGUCAAAUAAUGCAUCAACAGAGGUGUUAAUAUCACAAUAUUUCGUUAUUGUGCUGUGCUGUUACACAGGUGUAAAACUGCGAUCCAUCAUAUUAAGAGGUGUUUCUAAUAUUUUGCCUCCCUCAUGUAGUUACCAAAAUAUUAGAUUCACCUUUCAGUAUGAUGCAUUCCAAUAAUAAGUCGUCAUCAUCAUUUUAAUGGAGUGUCCACUAUUAUCUUUGUUAAUGACAUUGUGUGGGUGUGCCUAAUAAUGUGGCCAUUGAUGACGUGAAUGCAGACCUUCUUUGUUCCUCUCCUCUACAAGCCAUGUACAUGACAGUCCUCUGAGCCUGCGGCCACAGCUGGAAUUACGGCACACCAAUAAAAAAAAUAAAUAAAUAGAGGGGAGAAGAAGAAGAGACGCUGUAACUGGUUUGUCUGGAAACACAGUAGCCUAUUUAGUGUGACACAACGCCCAUUUCGGACGUCAGACGGUUCACAGAACAGCAGCUAAUCCAUUAAUGAGACAAGGGAAGAAUGUAAACAUGAAUACAGCAUGAGAAGUCCUCUCACGCAGGCAAAGAGGUCGUUCAAGUACACUUCUUUGCGUUUCUGUUCAGAUGCCACAUGUAUACAUGUUUACCGUUUGUUAUGUAAACCUUGACAGAAAACUGUCAGUCUCUUUUGUCAGCUAAGCAGGCUGCUGCCAAGGGGGGAUUAUUACAUAACAACUGGGCUGCUGGGAGUUUAGGUGAACCUUUAAGGGUAAAGCUUCUUUUAAAGGCAAGGACCUGGUGCCUCCCGCCCCUUCCAAAGACACAAGAGGUUGUGCAAAAAAGAGGCACAGAAGGUCAGGAGCGCAGUGAUUAACACCCCUUCGAGGCUGAGGGAGCAUUCCCAUGGGAUGUGGAGCAUAUAGGCUUCUCAGGUUUUGCUAUGUGAUCUGGUAAUGACUUACGUGUUUGUGUGUGUGUGUGUGUGUGUGUGGGGCACCCACUCAGAGUCAAAGCCAGGUUCACUGUCACCCCUGGAAUUUUGGGCAUGAGGGCCGGGCCGGGGGUUUAGGGUUACGCGUGAUCUGCCCAUAAAUCUUGGCAGACUUUGUUUUUAGUUUUCUUACAACAUACUCUCAUCACUAAUAAGUGAAAAUGAAGCUUGUGUAGAAUGUGGUCCCAUAUUAUACUAUUUUUCAAGUUGUAGCGGUCCUACAAUAAUGUAUUGGAAAUCUUUUGCCAGAAAUCCAGUCUUGGUGUUGGAAUGUAGAGAGUUUAAACAUGCUUUUAGUAAGCCCUACAAGGAACACACCAUUUUGUGUUUCUGUAGCUUUAAUGCUAAUGAGCUGUGUCAUGUGUUUGUCCAGGCCUGUCUCUGGCCUGUCUUUUGCACAUUGUCCACUUUUUUAAAUAUACACUGUAACUCGGCACUUGUCCAACGUAAUAGAUGCCAUAUAUCAGAUACAAAAGCGUAACAUUAAAGGGAUAGUUCUGAUUUUUUGACAUGAAGUUGUAGGGCGUCCCCACCAGCAGUGUACUACAGCAAUAAUGACUUACACCCCUUCCGUAUUGGUCCCGUGAGUCCACUUCUGGUCGGAGAUCCGUGACAAGAAACGUACUUCCGCUUAGUUGCUGGGGCCAUUUAAGUAAAGAGUUUGGCUUCUCAAAACAAUAUGCGUUCAAAAGAGUAAACCGUUUGCAUCACAAAAAUGCCUCCUCAAAAAAAUUAGGCCUCACAACACGCUCGGCGUUAUGUUUGACUCCCGCUGUAUCCCUGUGCAGUUUUCCCUGUGCAUUCAUGUGUAUGUGAUGAAGAUGCUCGCGGUUCUUCUUCCGCAAUGGAGCGCAACGGGCAUCUUGUUUACGUAUGUGUUCCACAGUGGAAGAAGAUGCAAGCGUCUUCAUCACAUAGGUCUGAUUGUGAUGUCUGAUUUGUGUUUGAGGAGGCGCUAGGCUUCUCUCCCAGGUUCACACGUACGUCACUGUGCUUCAUAUCUCUGUCAGUUAAGCAUUAACCCCGGCAAAAGUAGGUUAAGACAAGCAAGCAUAUACCUCGAAAUAUUUAUUCAUCUUUGCUGUUAGUCGAUAUCCUACGGGCCACUGCUGGUUAUUCGCUGAGCGUUGUUCGAGAAGAUUCACCAUUUGAACACAUGGCAAGAAAUGACAGAGAUAUGUACCUGUUGCUGUGCCGUAGCUCUGGACGCUACGGUAUUAUACCACACAAUCUCCACUUUGCUGCAGCACUUUGUGUGCUGCCCUCAGUCUGUACUUAUUUAAAAUUCCUCUUUGUCCUUCAUUUUUGUUGUUGUUAGCGUCUCAUUCCAACAGAUAUGUUUAAUGUGUGUGGGAUGGUGAAAUAUAGAAAAUGGUAAAAAAAAAAAAAAAAAAAAAAAAAAAAGCCAAGCUGUGAUUUAGCUCUGGGCCCUGCUUUAUUAUACUCCACACUCUCCUCUUUGCUGCUGUGCUCCGUUUCCUGGAUGCCCUCAGUCUCCUCUUGGAUACAACUCCUUCUCCUUCCGAGAAGUAAAUACAGGAGACUCUUGUUGUCCUCCAUUGUUGUUGUUUGUUAGCAUGUCUCCUUCCCACAAAUGUGUUCAAUGUGUGGGGGUGGUUUUUGCAGUCUUUGGCGCUAUUUUGAAGUGGGGAAAUCAAAAAAUCGCUCAUGCUGAGGCGAGAGUUAUAAAUGUAAUUAUUGUACAUUAAAUUAUGUUGGUAUAAUUUAGUUUUAAGUUGCUUUACAUCAGUGCUUCUCCUCAAAUAGUGUGGGGGGGCGUGAGAGGCAGGGAUAACUUUCAAUAUUAGUGCAGACCUGCCAACAUGUAUGAAUUUGUCGUACUCGGCAUGCAAUUUGAGUCUUAAAUACGCUUGUAUGCUUCACUGCUCUCCAUUUUGUUGCAUUUCGUUGGUUUCAGUUUCGAGUUCAGUCUGUGCAGUACAGUUUCUCAAUAGUAUUUCAAAUCAGCGGGACGCAAAAACAUUUUUGUCCCCCAGUGAAGAAGGCAUGACAGUAAAUAAUUGAGAACCACUGCUUUACAUAAAAAUAAACAAGCAUGGUACAUGUUUGUUUUGAUGUCUUAGCAACGCCAAACACUAAUGUUAUCACUGCUGCUAGUGCUAACACAACAUGAGAGUUGUCCUGGCUGGUCCACCAAUAUUAUGUACUGUUGGUGUGACUUUGAAAGCCUUACUUUAAGGUUAAGUUGUCUCAUAUUGUUGCUUUGAAGCAUUGAAUGAGAAAACGCCUGUGCGGCCACACAGGAAUACCAAUUAGUCCAUUAAUACGAGACUUGGGUAGGUUGUCUUUUUUUAGUAGCACAGAUCCCAGCACAGUCUGGGUGCUUUUUUUCCCCAAGUGGAGUUCUGUCCAAGAAGGGCAGGUCCAGUCUGGAGCUGCUGAAAUGUGUGCUAAGAGAAGUGUUAGGGGAGGCAGGCUAAAUCUCAAAAUAGCAUUUGUGAACGCGCCUGAAACACUCAGUGUGUGAAAGUGCGUGUCUUUAAUCAGAAGAUUAGGUGCACCUGUGUGUAUUUAUGUACGUACACAAGUGUGUGUGUAUGUUUGUGUGAGAAAGUAUUCGUGGCGGCAGUGAACUUUGUGAUCUGGUGUUACUUAACCCCGCUGUAACUGACUGCUUUUUCCCAGCAGCUGCCCACCACAGGCCAAGACCAAGUUAUGUCACAGCCACACGCGCACACGCACACGCACACGUAUGAGAGGCCCCUUGAGAGAUAAUUCAUACUUGGUUUCACACGCAAUAUCAUAAUCUCACAUGUACACCACUAUACUCUCUUAAAAACACUAUCAUACUCUCACACAUACACUAUCAUACUCUCACACAUACACCAUCAUGCUCUCUUAAAAACACUAUCAUACUCUCACACAUACACUAUCAUACUCUCUUAAAAACACUAUCAUACUCUCACACAUACACCAUCAUACUCUCUUAAAAACACUAUCAUACUCUCACACAUACACUAUCAUACUCUCACACAUACACCAUCAUACUCUCACACAUACACCAUCAUACUCUCACACAUACACCAUCAUACUCUCUUAAAAACACUAUCAUACUCUCACACAUACACCAUCAUACUCUCUUAAAAACACUAUCAUACUCUCACACAUAAACCAUCAUACUCUCUUAAAAACACUAUCAUACUCUUACACAUACACUAUCAUACUCUCACACAUACACUAUCAUACUCUCUUAAAAACACUAUCAUACUCUUACACAUACACCAUCAUGUGAAUGCAAAUAAUCAUGUAUAAGGAUCCAAAUGUCAGUGAAUGUAAGACAGAAUGGUAGGGUAUGUGAAUGAGAAUAGUUGUUUGUGUGAGAGAGUUUGAUUGAAACGGAAACAGUCCUGAAUUCUCAGUGCCUGAUUGGCUAUCUUUGACGAAGCUGGAGGAAGCAGGAUUUCAUGGACAUGGCCCACCUUCCCAAUCAUGACUGAUAGAAGAAGAUGGCGGACCGGGAGAAACUCAGUGAAGCCAUUGGCCUUUUAAACAACAUUUUAAACUCUCCAACCGUUAUCACAACAAUGUCAGAAAUGUUGGAUCAAAGGCGACAGACACCCACAGGUGCCUCUUCUAACGCGACUGUGGAGGAGGAAAUGCGGCGGAUCUUCAGGGCUAGCUCAUCAGGUGUAUCAGGAAGUGCCAGUAGCACUUCGUCUGGAUCUAGCCUGAACCAAGUGAUGCAACCUCGAUAUCGAACUCAACAGUAUUUCGGUGGAUGGGCUUCAAAGUCAAGGAAGAGGCCUACUGCCUUAAAUCACCCAACCUUUAAUAAGGACAUCAUACUGCUACCUGAUUCUACAUGGGAUGAAGUCUGCAAACACAAAACCAAAAGAAGGCUUCAUGAAAGGGGCUAUAUUUUAAGUGCCUUUGAGAUGAGGAAAAUGUGGGACUGCAGGACAGUCAUUGCAGAGAUAAGAGAAGCAUUCAAGGACAGAAUUCCUGAGGAUGUCAGUAUUGAUCUUUUGAUGGCAUGUGGAAACAAACUGGUUUCACCAAAGUUGCGUGAGGGCCAGGAACUGAAUGGCUUUAUGAUUCACAAGGUGUUCAAAUCAAAGGCAGUGUACAUUAGGCCAUCGACAAAUCUUCCAUUUCCGUCUGACAGCACAGAUUCGGAGGACAGUUGUGUGGAGGUUGACGCUACAUCAGCAUCUAGUGACCACAGUACCAGUCAGACCAGUGACUGUAUGACCACAAGGGCCAGGGGAAACCAAACUGCAUCAAUACAGCAGAUCUCUAGUUAUCCUUUCACAAGAAGGGCCAGAGCUAACCAGCUCUCUGCAACACAGCAAGCAUCCAGCGAUGUCAUGACCAGAGCUAACCAGCCUUCUUCAACACAGCAAACAUCCAGUGAUGUCAUGACCAGAGCUAACCAGCCUUCUUCAACACAGCAAACAUCCAGUGAUGUCAUGACCAGAGCUAACCAGCCUUCUGCAACACAGCAAACAUCCAGCGAUGUCAUGACCAGAGCUAACCAGCCUUCUUCAACACACGAAGCAUCCAGUGUCAUUGACUUAGAUAGUGUUGGCACAGUGAACCAGACACCAUCAGCUAGUGAUGACAACUAUGCUGCCUACCUUUCGAUCAUGGGUUCCAUCUCAGACCUUUCUUCUGAUGAUGAGGAAGUAAACCAGGCAAUAAUGGCCAGUCCUGAGAGUCAUGUGGCAUCCGAACACAUAAAUGCAAAAUCAGCACAGGAAGUGCUCCUCAAUCUUGCAUCCCUAAUUGACAGUAACAAAAGAUGCAGGUUCAACAUUAAUAGGUCUUCAGUACUGGAUGGUGCUCUGCGGGGCUUCAGACGACUGUCCUAUAAUCCCAAGCACCAGAUGUGCAUCAAGUUUUCAGAUGACUUAGGAAUGAAUGAAGAGGCUGUGGACCUUGGUGGCCCUAGGAGAGAAUUUUUACGGUUGCUCAUGGAAGCCCUGGUACUGUCACCAAUGUUUGAAGGAAGAGACGAUAAAUUGAACUUGGCUUUGGACAGUUCAGCUUUAAGAGAAGAUAAAUAUUUUAUCGCUGGCCAGGCCAUUGCCGUAAGUCUUGUCCAUGGCGGUCCUCCACCAGGAUUCAUUGCACCAACACUGUAUUCUUGUCUAGUUGGUGGCAGUUCUUCAGUAAAGCCUGUCUUGGAAGACAUUGCUGAUACAGACCGCUAUGAGAAGGUUAAAAAGGUGUCCGAAUGUACGUCUUUGGAUGACCUGAUAAACGCCACUGAACCACUGCAAGAUUACCUGGCAAAUGCUGGGUGUCUCAGGCCACUGAAAUGCAUUGAGGACAGAGAUCUGCUGGUUAAAGACAUUCUCAUGUUUCAGGUGGUCCACAGAGUCUGCGGGGCAUUUGAAAGAUUUAAGGAGGGGCUGAAGACCCUUGGUGUUCUGGAUGCGAUCAGAAUGCACCCAGACAGUUUUAGACCCUUAAUGUGUCACGAACCAUCCCCACUCACUGCUGACUUAAUGGAUCACCUGUUCCACAUCCGGCUGUCUGCAGUGGGAAGCAACAAAAGAAGGGCAGAGGAACGUGUUGUUCCAUUUUGGAGGGACUACCUGCAGGAUGUUGAAGAGCAAGAGGGAUCCUCAAAGCUAGGUAAAAUCCUAGCCUUUGCAACGGGUGCAAGUGUCAUCCCUCCGGUUGGCUUCUCCCCUCAACCAUCAGUUGAUUUCUUGCAUGAUCAGCCUGUCAGCUCCAGACGCUGUUUGCCAAUGGCAAACACCUGCAUCAACUGCCUUAAGUUGCCGCUGCUUGACACAUACGAGGAUUUCAGGGAGAGUAUGGACUUUGCAUUAGGUAACACACAGGGUUUUGGUAGAGAAUAAUAUAUGGACUGUGAACAUUCAAGCUUAGCCAUUUGCAGAAAAAUCUUGCAUUUGAUGCUAUUACAGGUAACUAUUCCAGUUUGAAAAAAAAAAAAAAAACACAUUUUCAGUAGUGAGCCAAAACUUUUUUUUUUCCAAUAACCAAUG